GAGUCAGAGGCACCACACGCGGGGCACCGCGCCGGCGCCGUCAUGCGGUCAUACAAGCUUAUGAUAGUGGUGCUAACUGCCAGCCAAGCCUACCUGUCUGCUGCCCAGACCGUAAAGCCAUUGAUCCUGUUGGAUGGCCACGAUUCGGCGCUCACGAGCAGCAUCAAUGACGCCAUCCAGGAGAUGACGUCAUCCAACCCGGGUCUGAGCGUCACGCCGCAGUUUGUGCUGGUGGACAACAAGCUGACGGACAAGGAGCGAAAGGAUUACGUGUGCGGCCAGACGAGCUCCAGCUACUCGGCGGUGGUAGACCUGACCUGGGACGGUGUGAGCGGGGUUGGUGAGCAGGCGCGCCUCUCCGACCUGCCCUGGCUGCAGCUGGAUGUCACCAACCGACCCUUCAUACAGGCGGCCGACAGCUACCUUGAGUACGCCAACGCCACCGACGCAGCGCUCAUCUUCCAGGACCAGAAAGGCAUGAAUCAGUCGAUCCUGUAUCUGCUGGGCAACACCGUGCUGCGCGUGGUGGUGAUGGAGGGGCUAGAGAACAACAUCGUGGAGGACCUGAAGAAGAUCCGGCCCACGCCCACCUACUACGUCAUCUUUGCCGAGACGGAGCGCGCCAACCAGCUGAUGGCUAGUGCCACAUCCUCGGGCCUGAUGACCAAGGACUCGUGGUGGACGGUGGUGCUGACGGACGGACGUGCCGCCGAGUUCAACCAGGCCUCGCUGCGCACGGCCAUCACGGUGGUAAACGUGGCGGGCGGCGCGUGCUGCCGUCUGGUCGGCCUCGCACCCGACUGCACCUGUCCCAACGACUUCCAACUGCCGGCGCUGACGGCUCGCCAGGGCACCAAGGUGGUGCUGACGGCGUUCGUCCAGAUGUCGGCGGACGGCAGGAUCACUGCGCCGAAGGCGCUGGACUGUGGGCGCACCACGGCCCUGUCGGACACUAUGACCCGGGACUUCUCGACCCGGCUCGAACAGGCGGCCGCCAGCAGCGUCAGCAUGCAGCUGAAAGAGAAGCGCCUGCUGCCCUCGGCCGCCAUGGACCUGUGGCAGAUGGACGCCACCAACCGAGAGCGGCUCGGCAGCUGGAGCUUCUCCGCCAGCUUCGUCGUCGACCCCAACCACGUCUUCACCAAGAUCAAGCGACACUUCAAGAUUGGCGUCAUUGUGGCUAACCCGUGGACGUUCAUGGUGCGGAACUCGCGCGGUGACCCGGUGCGCGACCCGUCCGGCCGGCCCGUGUACGGCGGCUACUGCAUCGAGCUGCUGGACAAGCUGGCUGACAAGAUGGAGUUCAACUACGAUCUGGUGUUCCCCGCGGACGGCGCCUUCGGGGCCAAGAACGUGCAAACGAGCAAGUGGAGCGGUCUGGUGGGCGACCUCGUAGAGAAGGACACUGACAUUGUGAUUGCGGCCCUGACCAUGACCUCGGAGAGGGAGGAGGUCAUCGACUUCGUCGCACCUUAUUUCGACCAGUCCGGCAUCAGUAUCGUGGUGAGGAAGCAGGAGCCCGAGUACUCCAUCUUUCGCUUCAUGACGGUGCUCAAGAAGGAGGUGUGGUUCAGCAUCGUCGGCGCCCUCGUCGUCACCGGCCUCAUGAUCUGGGUGCUCGACAAGUUCUCCCCAUACAGCGCACAGAACAAUCCCGACAACUACCCCUACCCGUGCAGGACUUUCACCCUCAAGGAGAGCUUCUGGUUCGCGCUGACCUCGUUCACACCCCAGGGCGGUGGCGAGGCGCCCAAGGCGCUCUCGGGCCGCACGCUAGUGGCCGCCUACUGGCUGUUUGUCGUACUAAUGCUUGCCACGUUCACCGCCAACCUGGCCGCUUUCCUGACGGUCGAGCGAAUGCAGACGACAGUGAAGUCGCUGGAGGAGCUGGCCCGCCAGUCGCGCAUCGAGUACACGGUUGUAGCCAACUCCUCCAUCCUAGAGUACUUCCAAAACAUGGCCACCGCUGAGGAGGAGCUGUUUAGAGUGUGGAAGGAGAUGACGCUCAACUCCACCACGGACCAGGCCAAGUACCGCGUUUGGGACUACCCCAUAAAGGAGCAAUACACUCACAUCCUCAACGUCAUCAAGAAGACGGGCAUGGUGCGAAACGACAGUGUCGGCUUCGAUAAGGUUCUGGCCAAUAAAAAGGGGGAGUACGCCUUCAUCCACGACGCCUCGAUCGUACGCUACGAGGUGUACCGCAACUGCAACCUGACCCAGGUGGGCGAGCCGUUCGCCGAGCAGCCGUACGCCAUCGCCGUCCAGCAGGGCAGCCAUCUGCAGGACGAGAUCAGCAAAAAUAUUCUGGAACUGCAGAAGGACCGCUACUUCGAAGCUCUGACUGCCAAGUACUGGAACGCAUCCCUCAGAGGGGACUGCCCCAGUCGCGGCGACAGCGAGGGCAUCACGCUACACAGUCUGGGCGGAGUGUUCAUCGCCACCCUGGCCGGGCUCGUGCUGGCUCUCAUUACGCUAGCCGGCGAGGUAGUCUACCACAAGAACAAGGCCAACACCCAGGUCACCAGCAUGGAGCAGAAGAAAGUGGGCGUGUCCGUCAUCAACGUGAACCCGCACAAGGACUGAGCGCCCCCCCCCCCCCCCUGCACCCAGAUAGCGCACCUGCGUUGGGUAC